AUGAAACCUUUUCAUUUCUUUCAAGAGAAUAGCAAACAAACACCUCAUCAUAAAGAUACAUUUUUUGAACGUUUACAAUUUCAUAUUCUUCGAAAUGUUGAAAUAUCAAUUAAAAAUAUUCAUAUUGCUUUCGAUGAUAAAACAACCAAAUUAUAUCCAUAUCAAUUUGGAAUUACACUUAACUAUAUUAAACUUAAUUCAACAAAUAAUGAAUGGGAAAAUGUCGAAAUCAAAGAAGAUUCAAAUACUAUAUAUAAAUAUGCAGAAAUAAAUAGUUUAACGGCUUAUUGGAAUUCAAAUAUUAAAUCAAGAUUAGAUUUGUCUAAUGAAGAAAUUAUUGAUGAUUUAAAAUCAGAUAAACAUCUUAAAUACGAAAAAAUGAAUUACAUUCUGCAACCAUUAAAUGCUCGAGCGAAAUUAAAAAUUGCUAAAACAGCUUAUGAACAAAAUUUUCAAGAAGCUGUUCUUGUUGCACAAAUUGAUUUUGAAGAUAUUAAUUUAAAUAUAAAUCGAAAUCAAUAUGCAGAUUUACUUGAUUUACUUGAAUUUGAAGAUUAUCUUAAUAUGAAAACAAAAUAUAUAAAAUAUCAUAAGAUUCUUAAUGAUACUCAAUACAAAAACGCGAGUCUACGACGAUGGAAAUUUGCAUAUACAGUUAUUUUAAAUGAACAAGUUCGACCACAUUUAGCAUCAUUUAAAUGGGAAAAUGUUAAAGAAAAUUUAAAUAGACAUAAAGAAUAUCAUGAACUUUAUUUUCAACAAUUAAUUAAUCAUUCAUCUAAACCUGAUAAACGAACUCAAGAAUUAGAAAAACAAAUUGAUGCUUUCAAUUUACUUUAUAUUCGUCGAACUGCUCAAAUUGAAUAUACCAAAAAGAAAAUUGAAGAAAAAGAUACAUCCUGGUGGGAAAAAUUAAACAACUGGUGGUAUUCAAAUUCGAAUGAAAAUAAUCCAGAAUUUACGUUAAAUGAUUCAGCAUCAUUAGAAGAAAGAAAUAAGCUUUAUGAAGCAAUUGGUUAUAAAGAUAAAGAAUCUACUGAACCAUUAAUUUAUCCAGAAGAAUAUAUUGAUAUGGAUAUAUCACUUCGAUUGAACUUAAUUGAAAUAAAUGUUUGGUCUUCGAUUCAUGUAGAUGAUUCACAUUUCAAAGUCAUUGCUCGUGCUUCAGUACCAAAUACAGAAUUAACCUUUCAACGUCGUCCAGCCAAAGAUGAUAUUCUAUUCAUAGUUGAUUUGGAUUCAUUAGAAAUGGUUGGAAUUAAUUCUGAUACAAACGAAAAUGGAGAAUUAAAUCUGUCGCGUCCAGUUCUCCUUCAACCAUUUAAUCAACCACAAUUAAAACAACAUAAAUUUCUUCAUUUAGAAUUUGAAAGUAAUCCAUUAAAUCAAAAUUGUGAUUAUAGAAUUCAUGGAAGUACACAAUCUUUACAAAUUAAUUAUCAUGCGACAACUAUUAACAAACUUAUUGACUGUUUUUUACCUGAUAGACAUCAUGAUUUAGAAGGAAUAAAAGCAGCUGCUUAUUCAAUUUUUCAAGAUAUGAAUGAACGAACAAAAUUUUUAUUAAGUGAAAGUCUUAAAAAAAUCAAAGAUUUAGAUAUCAAUAUUGAAUUACAAUCGAUUUAUGUUAUUGUACCGGAAUAUGGAUAUUAUACAGAUUCUUCUUCAAUGGUUUGUUUGGAUCUUGGUAAUCUAAUAUUUAAAGGUGGACAAACAAAUAUUGAAAGUCAACCACAAAAAGAUGUUUUUUAUGAUGCAAAAAGUACGAUCGAUGAUGGAAAUGAUGCAGAUUAUAUUCCAAUCAAAAUUCAAUUAGAAAAUAUUCAAUUACUCUAUCUUAAUAAAGAAGAAAAUUGGAAUGAAUUACGAUUGAAACAAGAUUCACCAUCACAUUUAAUAAAACCAAUAACAUUAACAUUAGAUUUUUUCAAAUCAAUUCAUAUUGAUGAUACAAAAAUACCUAUUUGGAAAGGUAAUGCCGAAGUAUCAACAAUUGAAUCACAUAUAUCUGAUACACGUUUAUUUGGACUUUUACAAGUAAUUUAUACAAUUCCAACUCCUGAAAUAGGUCAAAGAGAUGAAAAAGAAGUUGAAUUGAACUUAUUAUUAAAAAAUAAAGAACAUCCUCCAAGUACAAAACAUACAUAUGAAACAAUUGAAAAAAUGACACCGGUUAAAAAAAUUUUAUAUGAACAAAUUGAAGAAGAAGAAAAACAAAUCGAGCUCAAUAAAUCAAAUUCUCCUGAUCAAAUAGUACAACUUAAAUUCAAAUUUUAUAUUUCCAAGAUUGAUAUUUUAUUUCAACGUGCAUUAACCGAUUUAUCUGAUGAUACCGAAGAUUUUUUACGUAUAUUAUUAUUAUCAAUACAUAUAUCAGCUAAGAAAAAACUUUAUGAUAUUGAAAUGAAUGCUAAUUUACAAGAUUUAUUGAUAAUACACGAACAAUUUCAAAGAAAAGAUAAUGAGAAAUUAUAUUUAUUUUCAUGUGAUAAAAAUAAGAAAUUAUUAAAUAUUAAUUGUUUAUUAACAUCAGCUACCAAUCCAUUAUUUUCAUCAUCACCCUAUUAUUCAAUUGAAAAUAAUAUUCAAUUUGAAUUAAAUUCAAUUCUUUUAAAUGUUCAAUUAGAAGCAUUAAUAUCAAUAAUUCAAUAUACAAAUAAUAUUACAAAUAAAUUAAAUCAUCUAUCAAAUCAACAAACAAAACAACAACAAAAACAAAAAAUUAUACCAGCUCCUUCACAAAACGAACCAUCAACAUCAUCGUCGUCAUUUAAAAUUGAUUUUCAUUUGGAAGAAAUAUGUAUUAUUAUUGGUAAUAAUUCUUCUCAAAUACUUUAUAUUCAAUUAAAAAAUUUGGUUAGUUAUUUAUCUCAAACAAAUAUAAAAAUUUUAUUACAUUUAAUUCUUAAUGAUUUUCGUAUUAUUGAUCUUUAUCCUAAAUCACAUUAUCAAUAUAUAAUAUCAAAAGAAAAUUUUUCAAAUGAUUUUAUUAUAUUGGAUUUAUCAUUAUUUACCAAUCAAAAAAAAUCUAGUAACAAAGAUCAACAACAUUCAUUUAUUAAAGGUCAUUUAGAAAAAUUAAAUAUUAUUUUUCUUUAUAAACAUCUUCAACUUAUUUUAUCAAUUAUUAAUUCAUUUCAAAUACAAAAUAAUAAUAAUCAAAUAUCUGAACCGUCUUCAAAUCAAUCAAAUUCUCUUUUAUCAACAUUACAAAUCUAUCAAGAAGAAUCUCUUGAAUUUCAUAUGAAUUUUAUAUUAAAUCUUCCACGAAUAAUAAUUCCAAUGAAUUCAUAUUCAAAUAAAGCUGUUUCUGUUGAUUUAGGAAAAUUAACUAUGUAUACAGAUGAAUCAAAUACAUCUGAUGUUGAACAACAUAGAAUUAUAUUUGAAAAUUUUCAUGCUGAUCGGAUAAUUCUCGAUGAUAUAAAUCAAUGUAUUGAAAAAAUUAAUUUAUUAGAAUGUGCAUCAUUUUUUACAUUAAUUAAACGUAAUUUAAAUUCUGAUAUUAAUGAACAAAUUUCUAUUAAAAUUCAAUGGGAUAAAAUUGAAUUUAAAUUAGGAAAAGAUGAUUAUGCUUUUAUGAUGAAAAUUUUUGAAGAAAAUUUUCAAGAAUUAAGUUUUUAUAAGAUGCCUCAAAUAAAUCCUGUUGAACAAAGCAAUGAAAAUAAAAUAAUAUUACCAAAUAAACAAGCUGUAGUAACAAAAAAUAUUUAUAAAAUAAUUCAAUUAGAUUUUCAAAUGAAACAAAUUGAUUUUACAUUCUAUCUUUCACAAACAAAUAUUUAUGAUAAUCAUAUAUCACGUGAUGAAAAUUCGAAAUUUCUCUAUUUAACAAUUCAAAUGAUUGAAUUCAAUUUUCAACAAUUAUCCGAUUCAUCAUAUAAUGGACAAUUACAAAUUCAACAUUUAUUAUUAGAUGAUCUUAGACAAAAGAAUAUAUCACGUCUGAUAGAUAUUAAUGAGAAUGUUGAUAAAAAUAUACCAUUGAUAAUCGCUACAAUCCAAUCAAAACAGAAUAAUUAUGAAUCUAUUCAAACUGUUAAUUGUAAAAUGGAAAGUUUUUAUGUUUGUAUUAGUCCUGAUCUUCUCAACUCAACAAUGGAUUUUAUGAAUUAUAAUAUAUCGCCACCUGAACAAACCGGAUAUCGUCCAUCAGUAUCAAAUGAUCUUCAAUUAAAUAUAUCAUUCCCAGCUAAAUCAAUAUCAAAAUAUUGUCAAUCAAAUCAACAUGAUAAACCUUCUUCUCCAACAAUCAACUAUCAACGUUCCUCAGCACACUCGAUUCUAUCUAAUUCUCAAACAAAUGUUAAUAUCAUUGUAAAACCUUUUCAAAUAGUUUUACUUGAAGAUCAAAACAAAGAAAAUUCAAAUUGUCUUGUACUUGAUUUACUCCUUGAAGUACAUAUGAUUAGUGUUGGUGAUAAUACAAAUAUAUCCGCUUCAAUUAAGAAUUUCUCUUUUUAUGGUUCAAAUUUUCAACAAUUAAAACAUUCAAAAGUGAAAUAUUCUAUUUUAUCACCUUCACAAAUCCAUGCUGAUAUUAUGAUGACUUUAGAAGAACAAAAAAUCGAUGUAAAUAUUGGAGAUUUAUCAAUUAAUAUUGAUCCAGCUCUUAUUAAAACAUUUGCUAAAUUAUCAAGUUCAAUUAAAAAACAACCACAAAAUUCGAAAGAUGAAAAAGAACGAAUUAAUUCAAAAAUAAUCUUUGAUCCAAAACCAUUUAAAGAUUCAAAUUUUUGGUUUAUUGAAGAUUCUGAGACAAAACACGAAAUAAUUGAAGAAACCGAUAUAUUAGAAAUAGCAACAGGUUCACCAUCACAUAAAGCAAAUGAUAUAAAACAAAAAAAACAAGAAAAAAAUAUUGAACAAAAAGAAAAUCUUUAUCAACAAUUGACUAUUAAUUUAAAUAUAGUUGAAAUUAAACUUGAAUUAGGCAAAGGUUUAUCAACGAGACCUGUUGCUGCUGCUUGUCUAUCAAAUAUAUAUGCUAGUAUUGAAAAUUGGUCUACUAAUAUUCUUGUAUCUUCAGUAAUACAAAUUGAAUUAGCUUUAUUCAAUGAUCAUUUAUUAGCAUGGGAACCAUUAAUUGAACCAAUUAUUGAUGAACGUGGAAUUGUUCAAUGUCCAUGGACGAUUAGUUGUGAAACUUUAGAAGAUCAACAUGAUGAAAAUGAUGAAAAGUGUCGAUUUCUCCUAGAAGAUGAAAAAUCUAGUCCUAAAGGAGAUGGAAUGAGUUUGAAUAUAAAAAAAGUUAUUUCUAUUCGUGCUGAUCAUUUAUUAAAUUUAACAUUGACAAAAACAAGUCUUGAUCUUAGUCAACGUUUACAAACAAUGUUUAAUGAUGCUUAUAAAAAUAAUUCAAGUUCAGAUACUGUUGAAGAACAAGCUAUGUUAACAAUACUUAAUCAAACUGGUUAUAAUAUUAAACUUGAUCAAAUAGUUGGUGUUCAGUUUACUGAUGAUGAUAAUAAUUCGGAUGAAAAAAGUUUCAAAUUAAAAAAUAAAGAAACGCUUCGUUUAACAAUACCAGCAGAAAGAUUAUCUGCAACUCAUCUUCCAGCUAUUGCUGAACAAGUUGCUAAAAGAAAACAACAAUUUCAAGUUCAUAUCAGUGAAAAAGAUUUAAUAAUCGAUAUUAAUCAAACAUGGAGAAGAGUUUAUGAAAUAAGUGAUUCAUUAAUUCCAAAUUGGCCAAUUCAAAUACUUUGUGAUUCACAUCUUUAUGAAGAAAGACGAAGAGUUAUUCUUAGUUCGAUUAUUAAAGUCUCCAAUCGAACAUUAAUGCCAUUAAUUAUAUUAGAUGCUGAUUCUAUUGAAACAAAUAAAUUUAAUCGUAUUAUCAAAAUUGAUGUUAAUGAAGAAUAUUAUCUUCCAAUUCAACUUCUUUACUUAAGAGCAACUCCACGUCUCUGUUUUGCUAUUCAAGAAGAUGAUUCCGAUGGUGAAAUAAAUGAUUUUAUUUCAUUUGAUUGGGCUAAUGAAUCCUCGGCUGAUAGAGUUUUGAAAUUAAAUGAUGGACGACAAGCUCAUUAUGUUGUAUACAAAGAAGAAAUCGAAGCAUAUUCAGAAAAUACAGAUGAACCAACUCGAAAAUCAUUUAAUAUAUAUGUUAAAUUAGCUCUUCAUUUAAUUAAUCUUCUACCAAUUCCAAUUCAAUGUUCAAUUGAUAAUAUUGAAAGUACACAACUUAAACCAAGUGAAUUAUAUCAUAGUACACAAGGAAAUAAAAAAUCGAUUCUUAUAUUUACAAUUCCAUUAUAUAAUAAUUCAUCAUGGACAUCAGAACCUAUUGAUUUAAAUGUAAAAGGACAUGGGAUUCAUAAUGAACAUAUUAUUAAAUUUAAUAAUAAUUCAACAAAUGAAUUUUUAAGAAUGGUCUUACGUGUUGACACAUAUAGAGAAUCAUAUCGUACAUCAUUGUAUUCUCCAUAUUGGAUUGUUAAUGCGACUGAUCUCAAGUUUGAAUUUAAGAUUGAACAUGAUAAAACAUUUAUUGACACUGUCGAUCAACCAUAUUUUGGUUGUCCAAGGAAAUUUGAUAGUGAAUCAACUAAAAAAAAAGGACAUAUACGUUUAUAUAGUAUAGAAGAAGAUGAAAAUGUUUCACAAUGGUCCGAAGGUUUUUCAGUUGGUGUUAUUAAAAGUACUGGAAUGACAGCAUGUACAGUACAUAAUGAUAGAACUUAUAUGGUUUGUAUUGAUAUCGUUACUUGUUCAUUUGGUAUGACCAAAAUCAUUACACUUACACCAUCAACAGCUAUUAUCAAUAAUUCAUCUGUUGAUGUUCAAAUAACUGAAGAUAUAUCUGAAAUAGAAGAUAAUUGGAAAUUAGUUCAAUCUAAUCAAAUAUUACCAUAUUGGCCACGUUAUAUUCAAGCAGGUGUUAUGUAUGUUCGAUAUAAUGAUAAUACUACAACAUCAAGUUGGUUUUCAAUAAAAGAUAAACAUCGAACAUUAUUACGUAUGAAUGAUCAAGAACGUCCAGCACUACAUGUUGAAGUUACUAUAAAUGAUUUCGAUGGUUAUAAAGUUAUUUUUAGUGAUUAUAAAAAUGGUGAUGCACCAAUUUUAAUUGUUAAUUCUUUAAUUGAUCAAUCAAUUGCAUUUUGUCAAAAAGAAGAUUUACGAACACAAGUUUUACCUGCGCAAUACUAUGUUUAUUAUACAUGGAAUGAUCCAUUUAAACCAAGAGAAUUAGUUGUUUCUUCAAAUCAACAAAAUAUAACUGUACAAUUUAAUCCUGCUUGUGGUGUUCUUGACAAAGAAAGUGAUGAACCUGUUUAUUAUGCAAUAUUUCAUGAUGGUCCUCAAACAGUAUUAAUGUUUUCUCGUGAUACAUCAAUUAUUGAAUCAGUAUCAUAUGAACCAUCGAUGAGUGAAUCAAUAAAUGAAUAUAUUCAAAUAGCAUUUCGUGAUAUUGGUAUAUCGAUCGUUAAUGAUAUAACUCGUGAUGAUUUAUUUUAUAUAACUAUUAAUCAAACAAAAGAUAUAUGGACAGAAACAAAGAAUUUUAGUCUUAAACCAUUGCCGGAAAAAAUUAAUCAUCAAUUAGAUCAUCAGUAUAAAAAAUAUCAAAAAGAACAUGAAGAUAAACAAGCUGAAAAUCGAUAUGAACUUGAUAAGAACCGCUAUGUAUCAUUUAACGAAAAUAAUGCGGAAAUAAGUGAUGAUGAAGGUAAUGUUGUUCGUAUAAAACGAGAAACACUUGAUGGUUUAUGGAUUGGCUAUGCAUGGUCAACAAGUAAUAUGGCUGUUCAUUUAAGAGUUAAUCAAUUACAAAUUGAUAAUCAACUUCAAAUAACAAUGUUUCCAACAAUUCUUUAUCCAAUUGUUUCAAAAGCUGCCGGAACAAAUAUUCCUGGAAAACCAUUUAUUGAAUUGAGUGUUUUUAAAAAUGAAUCGAUUCGAUCAAAUACAAUACAUAUUAAAUAUUUCAAAUUAUUAAUUCAAGAAUUUUUCAUUUGUAUUGAUCAAGGUUUAAUAUUAGCUAUAAUGGCAUUUGUUAAACCUGCAAAAAAUCCGGCAGCACCAACAAUUGAUAUGGAUUUAGAUUUAAAACGUAUAGAUAAACCGUUGGAAACAAUACUUAAAGGUGAAACAAAUAAAGGUUUACAAGAAACACAAAUCUAUUUUGAUAAUCUUCAUUUAUCUCCAUUGAAGAUUCAUGUAAGUUUUUCAAUGCAUGGUGCAAAACCAAGUGAACAAUUAUUAGCUGAACAUCCAUUAGUUGAUUUCUUAUUACAAAUGUUGAAUGUUGCUGAAGUAGAAGAUGUUGUUUUAAAAUUAAAUUUUUAUGAACGAAAAAAUGAUCGAUAUUCAAUAGACAGAUUAACAAAAGAAAUUGGUGAUCAUUAUCAAAAUCAAUUUUUAAAACAACUACAUGUUGUUGUACUUGGUCUCGAUGUUCUUGGAAAUCCCUUUGGUGUUAUAAGAGGAGUUGCUCAUGGUGUUGAAUCAUUUUUUUAUGAACCAUAUAAAGGUGCUAUGGAAGGUCCAAUUGAAUUUAUUGAAGGUAUAGCAAUCGGUACAAGAUAUUUAUUAGGUUCAGUUGUUGGUGGUACUGCUGGUGCAUUUGCAAAAGUAACUGGAGUAACAAGUAAAGCGUUAGCUACAUUAACAUUAGAUAAAGAUUAUCAAAAUGCACGUAUACAAAGAAAAGAAUUACAAUCACCAACAACACCUGAACUUAUUUCAGGUGGAAAAAAUACUUUUAAAGAUAUUGUUAGAGGUGUUACAGGUGUUGUUAAAAAACCGAUAAGAGGCGCAAAACUCGAUGGUAGAAAAGGUUUUGUUAAAGGUUUAGGUAAAGGUUUUCUUGGUCUUGUUGGAAGACCUGCUAGUAGUGUUGCUGAUUUAACAAGUACUUCAUUUAAAUUAAUUAAAAAAGUUGCAGCACAUGAAGAAGUUAUUCAUCGUAUAAGACAUCCACGUCAUAUUGGAAGAGAUGGAAUUGUUAGACCAUCAACUGCUCACGAAAUGUUAGGAUGUUAUAUUUUCGAUAAACUUGAUGAUGAAAAACAUGGUCUAACGGAAAAGUAUAUCGCUCAUAUUGAUUGUCCUGGUCAUGUACCUGGUUGGUUAUUUGCAACUACGAAACGAGUUUUAUUUUUAACUGAAAAAUCUCCAUCAUCAUCUAUUUAUAUAAUCGAUUGGCAUCAUCAUUAUAAAGAUAUCAAAGGAACACCUACAGUUAAAUUCAAUCCAAAUCAUAUUGAAUUUAUGUUAAGAGAAAUGCAUCACCUUGGAAUACCGAGAAGAAAUAGUUUAUAUAUGGUAGUUAUUCCAUAUGAUAAUGUCGCAGAAGCAAGAUAUAUUGUUGAUAAAAUCACUGAUACAAUGAAAGCAUUGGAAGUUUAA